GUAACUGCAAGCCUAAUCCACUUCCGUUGAAGAGGCCCAAUCUCAUCAGAAAAAACAAAAUGCAGCCGUUGUUGCCGGUUUGCAUCAGAAACAAGUCGGAGUAGCACUGAACUCAAUCUACCGGAAAACGCUUCCGGAGUAAUUCUAUCGCCGGAGCCAGAAACAACGAUAAAGUCUUCAGAUUCACGAAAAUGAAUUCUGCUCAAGUUAUAGCGUUCCAGCCUGCGAUUUCUGUGAAAAAUUCUAAGUCAAUUGUUAUUCCAAUGAGUGUUAUCACUAGUUUUCCUCGGAUUCAGAAUAUUAGCAUAAGAGAUGAACCUUCGUUUAGAUUGAAAUCUCUAAAACCUCUUCGUGCCGGUGGAAAAGGAAUGAAUGAUGAGGAUUCGCCGUGGAAAUCUCUUUCAAAUGCGAUGGACAAAUUUAAGGGACAAUCAAUAGAGGAAGUAUUACGGAAGCAGAUUCAAAAAGGCGAGCUUUUUGACAAUGGUGGAAGUGGAUUAAAGCCACCAGGAGGAGGAGGAGAUGGUGGCGGUGGCGAUGGUAGUCCAGAUGGCACUGGUGGGUUUGAAGAUGAAGACUAUGACACUCGCCAAGUGAUUUUGGCAUCCGGUGGCUUAAUAGCUUUUUAUAUCUAUCUCAUCAAGGGCAAGGAGCUUCAAGUUCUAUUUCUAGACUAUCUGAAGUUUUUGAUUGGCAGAGGUAAGAGUAAUCGACUCCAGAGGGUCAUGGUAUCAUGGGGAAGACUGUACAGGAGUAUAAAUCAGAAGAGAAAGACUGAUGAGUACUUUUUGGAGAAGGCCAUUUUGGGUACCCCAACAUGGUGGUAUGAUCCUAAUGAUUUUCGUCGAGCCGUGAGGAAUUACUAUGCAUCACGAGAAGUUGAAUAACUUUUACCGAGUUUGUAACAUACUCUAUUGCUCUCCCUUUUAUUCGAUUUUCUUCCUUUAAGCUUAAUGAUGCUGAAUAGAACAUUAUGGUGGAAGUUGAUCCAUGUAGCCGACUGUACUUAGUGGGAUAAGAUUUGGUUGUUGUUGUUAGUGUUGUAAGGUUAAUGAUGCUUUCUAGACAUUGUAUUGUAUCAUCAUGUUUUUGUUGUAUUUGUAUCUUCUCUCCUUGCAUU